GUUAGUCAGCUGGUGGUGCACGUGAUCGAGCUAUCCAGAAUCUUCAAGGAAGAGCUCUCUCCAGACGUCUCAGCACGGCGCGCGCCUCACCUCUGCUUUCAUAAUUCAGUUCAGACUUUCAUUGAAUACAUUCUUAACCCUCGCUGAUAUCUCUUCUACUAUCUUCAUAUCCUCGACACCGCCUAAAAGACCCAAGUUCGGCGCGUUUUACGUUGUAAUCAUGGCCAACUAUCUCGCCUCCAUCUUCGGUACGGAACAGGACAAGGUCAACUGUUCGUUCUAUUAUAAGAUUGGCGCAUGCAGACAUGGCGACAGAUGUUCCCGAAAGCAUGUAAAGCCUUCGUAUUCACAAACGAUCCUGAUGCCCAACAUGUACCAGAACCCGGCAUACGACCCAAAGAAUAAGAUGAACCCCAGCCAGCUUCAGAACCAUUUUGAUGCUUUCUACGAGGAUGUAUGGUGUGAGAUGUGCAAGUAUGGAGAACUGGAGGAACUGGUAGUGUGCGACAACAACAAUGAUCACCUCAUUGGCAACGUUUACGCCCGAUUCAAAUACGAAGAAGAUGCGCAAAAGGCCUGUGACGCCUUGAAUUCCCGUUGGUAUGCGGCGCGACCAAUAUAUUGCGAACUAUCGCCGGUUACAGAUUUUCGAGAAGCAUGCUGUCGAUUAAAUAGUGGCGAGGGCUGCGUGCGUGGCGGAUUCUGCAAUUUCAUUCACCGGAAGGACCCUAGCAACGAGCUCGACCGUGAACUGCGCCUCAGCACGAAGAAAUGGUUGAAGGAUCGCGGUAGGGAUGCCCGGAGUGUCAGUCGCAGUCCCAGCCCGGAGCCGACGAGGCGGCGAUACUAGGUGUGGAUUUGCUUUUUGUGUGUGUUUUGCAUGUGGCGUUGGGGAAUUGACCUCUGUCUACUGUAAUUUUUCUCUCUCUAAAGUGUUAUGAUAUCAAGCCUUGGUUGCGAGAUCUAAUGGCAUUCAAAUUGUCCUCGGUUGAAUCCUUAGCUAUUGUAG